GGCAGUCUUCUCAGGAUGGGCCCAGGUCUUUUCGAGGUGGGAGGUGAACCUUUCCACCACAUGUUUGAUGGACAGGCUCUCAUACACAAGUUUGACCUGAAGAACAGUCAGGUGACCUACUACAGGAAGUUUAUCAGGACGGAUGCGUAUGUUCGUGCCAUGACGGAGAACAGAGUCGUCAUCACGGAGUUUGGAACAGCAGCCUACCCAGACCCCUGCAAGAACAUCUUCUCCCGAUUCUUUACUUACUUCAGAGGCAUUGAGGUGACUGAUAACUGCCUCGUGAACAUCUGUCCAAUCGGUGAGGACUUCUAUGCAGUCACAGAGACCAAUUACAUCACAAAGGUUGAUCCUGAAUCGUUGGAGACUAUAAAGAAGGUGGACCUGUGUAAGUACCUCUCAGUGAAUGGGGUGACUGCCCACCCCCACACUGACGCAGAUGGUACAGUCUAUAACAUCGGCAAUUGCUUUGGCAAGAACAUGAGUCUGGCUUACAACAUCGUCAAGAUCCCCCCUACUCAGAAAGAUAAGUCAGAUCCCCUUGAGAAAUCCCAGGUCGUCAUUCAACUACCCAGCAGUGAGAGGUUGAAACCCUCCUACGUACACAGUUUCGGUUUGACAGACAACUAUUUUGUGUUUGUGGAGCAGCCGGUGAAGAUCAACCUGUUCAAGUUCCUGUCGGCUUGGGCCGUCAGAGGAGCCACAUACAUGGACUGCUUUGAAUCCAACGACAGCUUGGGGACGUGGUUCCACUUGGCCACUAAGGACCCAGCAAAUUAUCUGAGCAGCCACAAGUUCAGAACGUCAGCUUUCAACAUCUUUCACCAUAUCAACGCCUAUGAGGAGGAGGGAUUCAUCGUGGUCGACCUCUGCACGUGGAAAGGUCAUGACUUUGUGUAUGAAUACCUGUACCUGGCCAACAUAAAGGAAGAGUGGGAGGAAGUGAAGAAAGCAGCGAUGAGAGCUCCUCAGCCUGAGGUCAGAAGAUACGUACUGCCACUGGAUAUACACAAGGAGGAGCAAGGAAAGAAUCUGGUGUCUCUGUCCUACACUACAGCAACUGCUGUUCUUCGCAGCGACGGCACUGUCUGGCUCGAACCUGAAGUCCUCUUUUCUGGACCAAGACAGGCCUUUGAGUUUCCACAGAUUAACUACUCUCUGUGUCGUGGGAAGAAGUAUUCCUUCGCCUACGGUCUGGGACUAAACCACUUCAUUCCUGACAGGAUAGUCAAGCUGAACGUACAGACCAAAGAGACCUGGGUGUGGCAGGAGGAAGAGUGCUACCCAUCAGAGCCGAUGUUUGUACCAACACCCGGAGCCACAGAGGAGGAUGAUGGUGUGCUGCUGAGCAUUGUGGUAAAGCCGGGUGCAGAGAGACCAGGCUUCCUGCUGGUGCUGGAUGCCAUGAAACUAGUAGAGCUGGCCAGGGCCGAGGUCAACACCAUCAUCCCAGUGACCUUCCAUGGCGUUUACAAACCAUGA